UCUCAACAUUAUUGCACAACGUCCAUAAAUAUUGAUUAUAUUCCAUGCAGCAUACUUACCAAAAUAAGUAUUUUCCAUUUUCAUCCAUCAUAUCCUAAACAUAAAUUAAUCUAAGUAGAAAUUAAUUAAUUGCCAUGGAAAGCUCUGGGAUUAGUAGGUACAACAGUAGAUGGAUAGCAUUAGUUUCAAGCAUAUGGAUAGAAGCAUUACUAGGUGGUAUAUACACAUUUAGCAUAUAUUCCCCUGUACUAAAAUCCUCCCAAUCCUAUGAUCAGUCCACCCUCAACACCGUCUCGGUCUUCAAAGACAUCGGCUCUACUUCCGGAGUUCUCUCCGGCCUCCUCUACACUGCAGCGUCCUCAAGGUAUAGCAUACCAUGGGUGGUACACGUGUUGGGGGCGGCCGAGGGGUUCUUGGGUUACUUCUUCAUGUGGUUAGCUGUGGUUGGAGUCAUCCCUCGGCCACCCGUGCCUCUUAUGUGUUUAUUUAUGUUUGUCGCUGCUCAUUUUUUAACAUUCUUUAAUACUUGGAAUGUUAUUACGUCUAUCCAGAAUUUCCCUGAAUGUAGUAGUACAGUUAUAGGGCUUAUGAAGGGUUUUCUAGGACUAAGUGGAGCAAUUUUAAUCCAAAUAUAUAAAGCAUUUUUCAAUGGCAAUCCAAGUACAUACAUACUAAUGCUUGCAUUAUUGCCAAGUAUAGUCUCAUUAUCACUCAUAUAUUUUGUGAGACAAUGCCCUGACAAAACAGUUCAGAACAAGAACCCCCUGAAUGCUAUGUCCAUAGUCUCUAUACUUCUUGCUACAUAUCUAAUGAUCAUCAUUGUAAUGGAAGCCAUUUUCGUGUUCCCACAUUGGGCGCGCUUUCUUUCGUUUGUAUUCCUUUUAUCAUUUCUCUCUAUGCCUCUAAAAGUCGCUACAGAAGCUAACAACGAGGAGAAUUCACACCCACUGCUCGUAGAAGACGAUGCAUUUUCACCCUGUGAUGAUGCUGAUCCUAAUGAACCUGAGAAGAGCCUUGUGGGUGAAGAAGUUGUCGAGUUGUGUCAUGAAAACAUGAACCUCUUGGAAGCUAUGGGAAGCUUCAACUUCUGGCUUUUGUUUCUUGUUACGUUAUGUGGAAUGGGGUCGGGACUUGCCACCAUAAACAAUAUGAGUCAGUUAGGAGAAUCUCUUGGUUAUGAUACAACCAAGACUAAUACUUUGGUUUCCCUAUGGUCGAUAUGGAACUUCUUUGGUCGUUUAGGAGCAGGUUAUACAUCUGAUAUCCUGCUACGUCAAAGGGGAUGGGCUAGGCCGUUAGUCAUGGCAAUCGCGCUAGGAGCCAUGACUGCAGGACAUUUGAUCAUCAGUUCUGGUUUUGUUGGAAAUUUGUACAUAGGAACAAUCUUGGUGGGGAUAUGUUAUGGUGCAUUGUGGAGUUUGAUGCCUACUAUAGCUUCAGAAAUAUUCGGUGUUUUGCAUCUGGGAACCAUUUACAAUGCCAUUGGUAUAGCAAAUCCUUUGGGAACUUAUGUUCUCUCUGUUUGGGUGAUUGGGCAUAUUUACGACAAAGAAGCAGCAGAGCAAAAUACUUGUCUUGGUGUUCAUUGCUUCAUGGUAUCAUUCUUUGCAUUGGCAUUUGUAAGCUUAUUGGGAUUUCUUGUUGCUCUCACGUUGUUCUUUCGAACAAGGGUGUUUUAUAGGUCUGUUGUGCUAAGAAAACUAAACCGUUCUCUAAAUAGAUAACAAAAGGCAACCACCAUUGCUUUUGCCAAGAAUCGACUCCUCCAUUUCAUAAGUUGUGCAUUAACAAGUACGGACAUUUUUAGAAAGAGAUGACUAUGAAGAACAAUUCUCAAGUAUACCUCAAGCUUGUGUGGACACGUACACAUUCAAUCAUAAGCACUUCGUAUUUUUGUAAAUUACUAUUGCUUAUUGUUCUCUUGAGAAAUAAUCAAUUAUGAGUACAAUUAAAUAUAAUUAUGUAUGCUUCACGAUAGCUAAUUUAUAGAUUAAGUGUACAGCUAGCAGAUCUAAAAGCAUGACUCUAAAUAGU